AUGCGCACCGUUGUCUGCCACGGAAGCCCAUACGAUGUAGGGCGCCAGCAUGGAGAGCAGGCCUCCAAGGAGAUACAUGGAAGCUUAGACUUCUACAAGACGUUGCUGAAGCAGAGGUCAUCCAUGGGAUGGCCUGAAGUGUGUCGAACAGCGCUUAAGUUCCAGCCAUUACUAGAGACGACAUUUCCAAACUAUAUGCAAGAGAUACGAGUAGGAAUCGCACAGGGGGCUGGUGUUGACGUGAAGUCUAUUCUGGCGUUGAAUGUGCGUACCGAGAUUGCAUAUGGCAUGUUCGAUGAUGGAUGCACAACCUUUUCAUGGCGGAAUCCAAGUGAGAGUUUCCUUGCACAGAACUGGGAUUGGGAAGACCAGCAGGCGCCAAAUCUCAUCGCGCUGCAUAUCACUCCCUUAGAUACAUCGAAGCCGUCUAUCCACAUGAUCACUGAAGCUGGCAUCAUUGGCAAGAUUGGCCUCAACUCAAGAGGCGUGGGAGUUACCCUUAACGCCAUCAAGGCAGAAGGCGUAGACUUCACCAGACUGCCCUGUCACCUUGCCCUCAGGCUAACACUGGAAAGUUCCUCGCGUGUCGACGCCAUUGGCAAACUUGGAAAAGUAGGCGUUGCAUCGGCAUGUCAUAUCACUAUCGCUGACCACACCGGCGGCACCGGUCUCGAGUGCUCGUCAACCGACAUAGCAUGGCUCAACAUGGGUGAUUUUAUGGAAAGCAGGCCAGACAUCGUCACUCAUACAAAUCACUAUGUCCACAACCAUAAGAAUGGCGUGCAGUGCGUGAUGUUCAUGCCCGAUAGUGUGGCCCGACUCGCAAGGUUAAGAGAACUGCUGGGCCAGAGCGGGCCAAAGCCUUCAUUUGAGAAGGUAGAAGCAAUCUUGAAGGAUGAGAAGGGAUAUCCGACGUCAAUAUGUCGUCAAGCAAAGGGCGAGAAUACGAAGUCCACGCUGUUUAGCAUUAUCAUGAACCUUAGACAGGUGAAGGCCACUGUGACGAUUGGAAGGCCUGUUGACCCCCAGGGGCGUAUUGAGUUGAAACCCUGA